UCGCCCCCCGUUUGUACAGAGAUUUGUCCAAGUAGCACGCCCACAUGUUCUUCUCUCUUCGAGUCAAUUACUGCCUGCGCAAACGAUUUCCUCUCUCUCUGCAGAAAUCGUGGUCUCUGUUUUCUUCCCUCUACCACCUGAUUGUCCUUACAAUCAAAUCUCGUCAUCGUUCAAGUUUUCACACAUAGUUACAUAUAUAUACGUAUUUUUUGUAAAGAGGGAAACAAGGAUCAAAAAUGCCGCGAAAGAAUUUUAUAGUUGAAGUGGAACCAGCAAAGGAAGCUAGGCCACCGAUGGGACCAGUUUAUCGAAGUGUUUUUGCUAAGGAUGGAUUUCCGGAGCCGAUUCCAGGACUUGACUGCUGCUGGGAUAUUUUCCGUUUGUCAGUAGAUAAAUAUCCAAAUAACCGAAUGCUUGGUCGUCGUGAGAUCGUUGAUGGAAAGCCCGAUAAAUAUGUAUGGAUGACUUACCAAGAAGUAUAUGACUUAGUGGUCAAAGUUGGGAACUCCAUUCGCAGCUGCGGCAUUGAGGAAGAAGGCCGAUGUGGUAUUUAUGGCGCUAAUUGCCCAGAGUGGAUUAUGAGUAUGGAGGCAUGUAACGCUCAUGGACUUUACUGUGUUCCCUUAUAUGACACCUUAGGUGCUGGUGCAAUUGAGUUCAUUAUUUGCCAUGCGGAGGUUACACUUGCUUUUGUAGAAGAGAAGAAGAUUCCCGAGCUGGUGAAAACCCUUCCCAAUGCAACAAAAUACUUAAGAACUAUUGUGAGCUUUGGGAAAGUCACUUUUCAACAGAGGGAAGAAGUUAAAAAAUUUGGCAUUGCUAUAUAUUCUUGGAAUGAAUUUUUGUUAUUGGGAGACAAUAAACAGUUUGAUCUACCAGUGAAAAAGAAAAGUGACAUUUGUACAAUUAUGUAUACUAGUGGAACCACCGGCGACCCCAAGGGCGUUAUGAUUUCAAAUAAUAGUAUUGUUACGCUGGUAGCUGGAGUAAAGCGCCUUCUAAGGAGUGUUGAAGAAUCGUUGACUGUCAAUGAUGUGUAUCUAUCAUAUCUUCCCUUGGCACAUAUCUUUGAUCGGGUGAUCGAAGAGUGUUUUAUCAAUCAUGGGGCCUCAAUAGGAUUUUGGCGUGGGGAUGUUAAGUUAUUGGUUGAAGACAUUGGAGAGCUAAAACCUACUGUUUUAUGCGCCGUUCCUCGGGUAUUAGAUAGAAUUUAUUCAGGUUUGCAACAGAAGAUUGCUGCUGGGGGUUUCAUUAAACAAACAUUGUUUAAUUUUGCCUACUCUUACAAGUUACGUAAUAUGAGGAAGGGACUGAAACAUUCUAAAGCUGCUCCACUCUGUGACAAAGUCGUUUUCAGUAAGGUAAAACAGGGAUUAGGGGGCAAUGUACGACUUAUUUUGUCUGGAGCAGCGCCUCUUGCCUCUCAUGUAGAAGAGUAUCUACGAGUAGUGUCAUGUUCAUAUGUUCUUCAAGGAUACGGUUUGACAGAAACUUGUGCUGGUACAUUUGUAUCUAUACCAGAUGAGAUGGACAUGCUGGGUACAGUAGGUCCUCCAGUGCCCAAUGUGGAUGUGCGCCUGGAAUCUGUUCCCGAAAUGAAUUACAAUGCCCUUUCAAGUACUCCACGUGGAGAAGUAUGCAUAAGGGGAGAUACAUUAUUUUCCGGCUACUUCAAACGUGAAGACCUUACAAAUGAAGUCUUGACUGAUGGGUGGUUCCACACAGGGGAUAUUGGUGAGUGGCAACCAAAUGGAAGCUUGAAAAUUAUUGAUCGCAAAAAGAAUAUUUUCAAACUCUCGCAAGGAGAAUAUGUUGCCGUGGAAAACUUGGAGAAUAUUUAUGGUCUAGUUCCCGAUAUUGAAUCGAUAUGGAUAUACGGGAACAGCUUUGAGUCUUUUCUUGUAGCUGUAAUCAACCCAAGCAAACAAGCAGUUGAACGGUGGGCGGAACAGAAUGGUAUAUCUGGGGACUUCAAUGCCCUUUGUCGGAAUCCAAAAGUGAAAGAACACAUACUUGGAGAGCUCUCAAAGACUGCGAAGGAAAAGAAGUUAAAGGGUUUUGAAUUGAUAAAAGCAGUACACCUUGAUCCGGAACCAUUUGACAUGGAACGAGACCUUCUCACUCCGACAUUUAAGAAGAAAAGGCCCCAGCUGCUUAAGUACUACCAGAAUGUUAUUGACAGCAUGUAUAAGAAUGCAAAAUAAGCAGGCUUCUCGGACGAACUUUCUUAUGGGCUAUCACCAUAAAGUUGCUAUGCUUUUAUAACACCAUUUCUGGGGUCACAUUUUAUUUCUGUAACACUUUUACAUGUCUACCUGUCAUCAUUCCUCUGCCCUGUCGAGAACCCAAAAAAAAAAAUAAAAAAAAAAUUGCGUUUUGGAUGUACAUAUGGUUAAUAACGACUGAAAUUGUCUCAAUUUCAUUGUAUUAUUAAACGUUUAGAUUAUUUUCUUUUUGGAUACAACGCCAGCUGUGACUUUUAAGCUAGAAAGUUAUUUUGUUUAUGCCGAUAAUUGUGAAGAUGUGUUUCAGGUU